CAUCCCGCCGCCACCUACCUCCCUCCACUCUUUCUCUUUUUCUCUUCUCUGUGAGGAAACGAAGGAGAGAAAACCUCACAGUACCGCACCUACCUCGCCAUGGCGCCGCCGCUGCAGACCAUCCCCCGCCGCUCCGAGGGCACCGGCGGAUGCGCCUCGUCGUCCUCUUCGUCUGGGUACAAGGAAUUGCUUCGGGAGGCCCUCAAUCGAGCACACGGUCGCCGAUUCCCCGCGACGGCAGCCGCGCUCCGGCGAGAAUUCCGGCCGCCUCCGACCUCCACCGAUCCUUCCGAGCACGUCCACGCAUUCCAGGAGCUCGACGUCGGUGAUGCUCCGGCGACCCCCUGGACUCCUCUCCGUCACCAUAUGUUUCCCCACGUUCCGCCGCAACCCGACGCCAUCUCGCCCCUCCCGGUUCGCCCCAGAACGUCGUCCUCGUGCUCGUCUGCAAGCCCCGCCAUGGUUGUUUCUUCCCAGAGCUUCCGCCUCGGUCUUGUUCAAAAGGCUGCACACCUCCUUCCAAACAACAUCAGGUGCAUCAGCCCAGAUGGUUCGUUCCUAUGUCCAGUUCGUGGAGAUUAUCGUUUAUGUUGUGCAAUUUCUACAGUUCUUGGAAGCGAAUGCUUUAAUCUUUGA